AUGCCUUCACAAAUCCUGACCCCAGAUGCGGCUAAUGUUAUUCAAGAUGAGAUUUUUCAGCUAGAAAAACGUCUUCAGGAUGCUAAAGCGCGUCUGAACAAAGCCCUGCCUUCGCCACACCUGUCUAUGGCUACAGAGCCCGCGCACCGCGACCCGGAGUCUCUUCCUCAGUUGGAUGAUCAGCUCGAUGCUGCUAUCAUUUGUACUGUUGGUCGACGUGCGAGCGUCGCGCAGGGUCGUGCGCUGCUAGGAAUAUGGGAGCGGUCGUUCCGUGCCAGCUGUCCAGAUGUUGAUGGGAAGCCAUUGAGGGAAUUUGCAGCGUUAUUGAGACGUGAAAGUCAGAAGGAAGUGCCUCUUGUGUCUGCGCAUCUGGCGCCACUGUUUGGUGCGAUAUGCGCGCUUGUGGGACUAGGUUUGCGACAGACAGCAUAUGUCUUUAUGCUCAGUCAUGUUAAGGCGUUGAUAUCUGCUGCGGUGAGAGCAAGUGUCUUUGGACCCUAUCAGGCGCAAAAGGUAUUGGCUGGGCAGCAAGUACAGAAGAUGAUCGACGACAUGAUCGAUCGAGAGUGGAAUACUCCCGUUGAGGAGGCUGGGCAAACCGUGCCUCUAAUGGAUUUAUGGAUUGGACGGCAUGAGACAUUGUAUUCUAGAAUUUUCAACAGCUGA